AUGGAUUUGAAUAGAUAUAGUAGUUUAAGAAAAUUAUACCGUGUUACAAGUUGGAUACUACGAUUUAUAUACAACCUUAAAUUUAAAACUAAACGAUGUGGUGAACUAAGCACUGAAGAACUUAACGAGGCUGAAAUUAUCUGGACAAAAACUGUUCAAAGUGAAGCUUUUGCGGAAGAGCUGUCCUCUUUGAGACAGGGUAAAACAAUUUCUAAGACUUCCUCUAUUCUAGAACUGAAUCCCUUUCUUAAUAAUGACGGGAUAAUGCAUGUUGGUGGAAGACUUCAGAAGUCAAGACUUUCUUACCUUCAAAGACACCCAAUUAUUAUGCCCUCAAAACAUCACUUUGUGAAUUUAUUAGUGUGGGAUGCACACAGCAAAGUGUUUCACGGUGGAAUUUCUGAAACUUUGAUAGAAAUACGCGAAAGAUACUGGAUAAUUAAAGGAAGACAAACUGUUAAAAAUAUCUUAAGAAAAUGUAUUCUGUGUAAACGAUUUAAUUCUUCUCCUGGUGUGCAAGUUACUGCUCCUUUACCAGUAAAUAGAACAGAAGAAUUACCUCCUUUUUCUGUAGUAGGUAUAGAUUUCGGUGGACCACUUUAUACCAAAGACAGUGAUGAGAAAAACUACAUCGUGUUGUUUACUUGUGGAGUAACGCGAGCUGAGCUCUUCAUUUAG